AUGUUUGAAAACACUCCAAUAAACUUCUGCAAAAGCUUCUGUCGAAACCAAUUUGCCUUCGCAGCUGCACUUGAGAUAGUUGCUGCAAUCAUGCCAAAUCUUUGUUACUUGAUAGUUGCAAGUGGUCUUGUGACGGUACUUUCAAUAGCCCUCUACAGGCGGUUCUUCCAUCCCCUCAGCAAAUUCCCAGGACCCAUCGCCUGUAGUGUCUCGCGUCUUCCGUGGGCAUAUCAUGUGUGCGUAGGAGAUUGGAUACACAAAGUACAUGCAAUGCACGAAAGAUACGGUUCUGUUGUACGAGUUGCACCGGACGAACUCUCAUUCAUUGACUCAGCUGCACUUCGGGACAUUUAUGGGCAUCGUCCCGGAGGCGAAUUUCCAAAAGCCAUCCGUCUCUUUCGGGGAACGGACAAAUUUCCAGUUUCUCUCCUGGUCACUCAAGACAUUGAAGCACACCGCAAACUCCGUCGACGACUAGCACCUAGCUUCUCCGAUCAGGCCAUGCGAUUGCAGGAGCCAUCUAUGAUCCGCUAUGUGGAUCUGCUCCUCAACCGUUUGAAUAAAUUAUGUGGUAUUGGAAACCUUGAAGUCGAUCUUUCGAUGUGGUUUAACUUCACUACUUUCGAUAUGAUUGGUGACUUAUCUUUUGGAGAAUCGUUCCAAUGUUUAGAGAACUCCGCUUAUCAUUCUUGGAUCUCCGCCCUGAAUAGAAUGACUAGACAAGGUGCUUAUUUUGUUGUUCUAGGUAACAUGGGUUUCGAAUGGCUUGUUACGCUCUUGUUCAAGACUGGGAGAUUAACAAGCCGAAACAAAAAUUCGAAUCUUGUAUCCGAAAAACUUCUUCGACGUAUGCAAAUACAGAGGCAUGACUUCAUAGAGGCCCUUCUAAGAGAAAACGAAAAUGACCAGCCAUUACCUAUGGAAUCAUUGACUGCAAAUUGCAGCAUGCUUAUGCUCGGUGGCUCUGAAACCACCUCAACACUUCUUUGUGGCGUCACAUUCCUUUUAGUCACUAACUUGGAGUCAUACAAGAAAGCAGUGCGAGAAGUUCGUGACACCUUCAAGUGUCUCGAUGAUAUCACUCUUACUUCCGUGUCCCAGCUUCAUUUCAUGCAUGCCUGCAUCAAAGAAGCGCUCAGACGAUAUCCACCCACUGCUGGAAGUCAACCCCGAUUCGUCCCCCCAGGGGGGGCUAAGGUAGCAGGACAUUUUGUCCCAGAGAAGACAGUCGUAUCAAUUUAUCCUUUCGCGGCCAGUCUAAGCUCGACAAACUUUCGAAAUCCCUUUGAAUACUGCCCGGAUCGACAUCUAGAUCCAUCGAAUACUGUGGAUGAUAUGGCAGCAUCCCAGCCUUUCAGUGUCGGUCCCAGAAACUGCAUCGGAAGAAAUUUGGUAUUUGCACAGAGUCGUUUGAUACUCGCAAGAAUUUUGUUUUCUUUUGAAAUCGAACUUGCUGAAAGUAGCCGCGAUUGGAUGAAUCAAAAGCAUCACAUCUUGUGGGACAAACCUCCCCUGAACGUGUACCUAACUCCAGUAAUGAGGGAAUCAUAG